ACUGUGUCAUUCGUCGAAAAUGAAGUAUUGAUUUCGUGACGUCAUUUAUCGGCCAUUUUCUCGACCCGGCGUGCAAAGCAAAGACAUAAUUAAAUUUUAAAAGCCAAAAACGCUUAGUUGGAAGUGUCUGGAAUUUUUUUUCAAGAACUCAAGUUUUUUGAUAGGCUGACAGAAACAUACAGAUUUUUCCCAGAGAAGAGUUUUUUGCCACAAUUUCUGCAUUUUUUAUCAAAGGAUUUUAUCAGCAGGUUUGACAUUAGAGCAAUACAACCAUGUGGAAUCAAGACAGUGCUAGCCAAGGUGAACAGCUGGACAACAAGACUAAUUUGAUCAUCAACUACCUGCCACAAACGUACUCCGAUGAUGAGAUGUUCUCACUGUUCUCUACGAUAGGAAAAGUUGUCAACUGUAAGAUCAUUCGUGACAAGAAUUCCGGUUACAGUUACGGCUUUGGAUUUGUUGAAUACUCUACCCCAGAGGAGGCCCAGACAGCAAUACAACAGUUGUCUGGCUGUGAAAUAGAGAAUAAGCGUAUUAAGGUGGCUUUAGCUAGGCCACCUGGUGAGAAUACAAAGGGGGCUAACUUGUAUAUAAGAAAUAUUCCUCAGAAUUAUGAUGAGGAGACCCUGAGGAAUCAGUUUGCUCAUUAUGGUACUAUUGUACAGGUUAGAAUACUUGUUGACCACUUAACUGGCCAGUCAAAGUGUGUAGGUUUUGUUUUGUUUGAAAAGAAAGAAUACGCAGAACAGGCUAUGAAUGAAAUGAACGGUCAGACCCUACCUGGUGGAAACCAGCCCCUAGCCAUAAAGUUUGCAGAUGAUAAUGCCAAGAAAGUCCGGGCCCCUCCUAUGCCUCAGCAUGCAGGUUACGGUCAAAUGGCAGGCUUUGCUGGUGGGUAUGGCCCACGCCAGGGGGGUCCCAUGAGAGGUCCCAGGGGUGCUGGUGGUAGCAUGAGAUACAAUCCAAUGGGGUCUGGGGCAAUGGGAAAUGGAUUUGGGGGUUAUGCCGGAGGUUAUGGUGGGGGAAGAGGUCGGGCAACAAGCAUGUCUGGUCCACGACCUGUUCCACUCUUUAAUCAGUUUGGUGGUGGGGAUGCCACAGGGGAUGGUGUUAUACUCUUUGUAUACAACAUUGGUAUUGAUGCUACAGAAAAUGACCUAUGGAAUCUGUUCUCUCCAUAUGGUACUAUUAAAAAGGUCAAUGUCAUAUGGGACCAUUCCCAAAACAAAUGUAAAGGUUAUGGUUUUGUUACCAUGUCAACCUUGGAUGAAGCAAAGUAUGCCAUUGAAUACUUGAAUGGUUUCUAUUAUAAGACGGCCCCACUUCAAGUAUCCAUCAAAUCUGAUGGAAAGAAAUAAAAGCUUGAAAAUUUACUUUUGAGAAAUGGAAUAGGAACUUAAAGCGUUUGAAAGAGAAAAUCAUUUCAGUAUUUGUUUCUUUUUCUGAGAAAUGAAUGGACCAACAAAUAGUGACUUAAUAAAGGAUGAUUGUUUUAAACAAAAGAUGAGGAAAUCUUUCAUAAUUAAACAUGUUUUUGAAAGAUAGGGUAUUUUUACAACAGCUCAUUAUUUGAAAAUACAUAAUUAUUUUUACAAAAUAUAAUAGCAAAUUAGUUAUGAAGCUACAUAAUUUAAAGAACAUUAAGAUCUAAACAACGGGUUAAUUUUUCAAUCAGCAUUAUAGGUCAUCUUAGUUUUUUUAAAAACCGAGUAUAAUGUCACUGUUGGUGAUUUUUAUGCUACAUCUGUAAUUGUUGCCAUUUUUAAUAUUGUGCAAAUAUACAUGUAAGGAUACCCUUUCUUCAGUAUUAUUUGUUCAAAGUAUCUAUAUUGUUAUGUCAUUCAUUGAAAUUUUGUAUAUUUUGUAUUAUUUUGUUUCAAAUCGAUGCUCGAAAACUUACAGAAAUCCCAUUUUUCCAUUUCAUAGGGGAGAUAAUUCCUAGCAAUUUUCAUGGGAAGGGAGACAAGUCUUCUCUUUUCAUGAGUCAUGAUAAGGGAACCUUGUCUAUUGGCCUGGUAGGGGGAAAUAACUCUCCUUAAUGUUCAUGGUAAGGGAGAAAAGUAAUGUCUAUUGUCAUGGUAAAGGGAGGUAAUUGUUGUGUAUUUCAUGUGAAUUGGACAAGAUUUACAUUAAUGAACAAAUUAUGAACAUUUUCUCAUUGGAUUUCUGUUGCCAUUGUUAGUCAUUAGUUAACAUUGUAUAUUUUACAUUUCAGAAGUGUAAGAACUUUCAUUUCAUUUAGUUAUUGUUAGACUUUUCCUGUUUUUUCAUCGUCAGUUUAUGUUUUCCCCCAUUUUUCCAUUGUCAGUUUUUCAUCAUUUUUUCCAUUAUCAAUAUUUUCAGUUUUUCAUUACAUUUUUCCUUUGUUAGGAUUUCAGUUUAUAGAAAUAUUUUUUCCAUUGUCAGAAUUUCAUGGGUUUUUUUGAUAACAAUUUUCCAUUUUCAUAAUUUAAUAGUUUCAGAAGGCUUCUUUUGUAAAAUUCCAUAAUAAAUUUUUAUUUUUCAUCAUAUCACUACCGAUUAUCAGUGCAUGCCAUUGUAGGUUUAUUUUGUCAAAUGUAAUACUUAGUUUGGAUACUUUUGUUUUAUAUAGAAACCUUAUUAGCAAACCUUUGCAAUAAAUUCAAAAAUAGAUAAAUAAUUUAUUAAUCCACCCAAAGCCCUCUGUUGGUAACUUAUCAUUGUCUGCACAUUUUGCUAUUCAGUCAGUAAUGUUUUGAAAUAUUCCCUAAAAAUAAUGAAUGGGUUUUGUCAAGAUCAAAAGUUUGACUAGUCACUUCAGAAUAUAUAGCAAGGGUAAAAACAAUGGUUUAACAAAAAAUACAAAAAAAAAAUUGCACAAGUUGAACAUUUAACUGAAGUUUUCACUGUGUUUUUGAGUGAAUUUUCAAAAAUAUUUUUUCAUUCAUUUGAUAUUUAAUAGAGAAAUUCUGUUAGAUAUAUAUAUUUCAAUUUGCAAAUUCUACUUAAUAUUUUAUAGACUACAUGAUUUAGUUUUGAAAUACUUAUUCAAAAAUAAUUGACAGUACUUUGUAAAAACUUGUGUAACUUGCUUUAGAGUUCAAAUUAGAUUGUUAAUAAAGCAAACAAUUUCCAUGUCUAAUAAAUGUUUAUAUUGAAUGUGUAUAAUUGUGUUAAAUAAAAGUUGAAUACAGGCAGCCACUACCAUCAAUGUUAAAUUUCACGUAUUUUUCAUGAUGUACGCCUGUGGUUACUGUGACAGGUUUGGUAUUUUAAACUUUGCAUAGUUUUGAACAUUACAGUAAAAAAAGUUUAAAUUUUAUGCCCGGCAGAUCUACCUGCCAGACCUACUAAGAUGUCAGUCACCUUUGGGACAUGUUCAUUUGAAGCUAGGUCUUGUAAAGUUUUAUGUAUUGAAAUAAAGGUACAAGUAGCUAAAUCUAAUUAAAUGGCAUUGUAACUAAAACAUUUUUUUAAAAUGAUAAAUUUUGAUGUUAAUGUAUUGUUGCCCAAAGAAGACUUAAAAUAUAAUUGUGUUUAUAACGAGAAAGAUUAAACUACUGAUACAGUCUUUACUAAUUGGUUUUAACUAUAUAACUUAAUUCAUAAAAAAGUGUUCAUUUGUAAAUUUAAUCAUCUGUUGUUUUUCUUUUUGUAGAAAAGUAAAAUAAAAACAUGUUUCAUUCUAAUAAAGGGGAGAAAACUGUUACUUAAAGUUUUGAUACGGUGCAAAUAUACAUGUACAAGUAAAGAUAACCUAUUUCUCCUUUUUGUUUGGUGUAUAUAAUGAAUUAAUCAACCAAACUUUAUGAAAGAAAUUAUGAUUUUUGACACAGAAUAUCAUUUAAUAGACUUGUAUAUCAAAUAUUCAUCAGUAUACAUAUGCAAGAAAUCUGUAAUGCCAAAAAAAAAGCGAGAAAAUAACUGUAAAUUGUUGCCAUUUUAUAAACAAAACAAUGAAAAAAAUGAUGUAAACAGUUUUUCUUCAUUUGUUAAGAAUACAUUCAAGUGUUCAUGUGUAAAAUAAAAAAUGCAGGAAUGUA